AUGGUCCCCAACCAGACGCAACUGGGCCUUGUCUUCGGCAUCUGGAAGGCUUUCAAUAACUGUGCAAAGGUCAUUGUUGACAUGAUUGCUGGCAAGCUGCAAGACAUAACCCCCGGAGGCACAUAUGAGCGUGUAAUUGCCUUCUUUGUCGCCGUCAAGGGACUGGAAUAUCUUGCGGGCAUUCUAACUCUAAGUGAGAAGGAGCGUCUUGUGUUGGAGAGGGAGGGUAAGACUGAAUUGUAUAUUGGCCAGAAGCCCGGGAAGCCGUUCACUAUUGUGGGUCUUUCGAUGCUCAUUAAUUUGGUGAUCAUUGCUUAG